CAGCGGGCUGUGAGCGGCGCUGCUGGCCAGGCUGUAGCUGGGGAACUGAGGCGGGGAGAGAGUAAGGCCUGGCGUCAACAAAGGCAGGUAGGCGUCGCAACGCCGAGCGUCCUAGGAACAGCCCUGGGAGCCACUGGGCCCGAGGCAGGAGCCUAGACGCCGCUACGAUGCCUGGGAGAGUUUGACACCUUAAACUGUGAGCUGCACCAGGGGUCCGCGGAGGUCUUCCAGGGGUACACCAACUCAUCUAGAGAUUUGUCUUGUUUAACAAGAGGCUACAUAAAAAGCACUAGCGAAGUCAGUACAAAGUAACAAUGACUUCACCAAAUAAAGCACUGGAGCUACAGCUGCAAAUGAAGCAAAAUGCUGAAGAGCUGCAUGAUUUUGUGAGAGAAUUAGAAAGCUGGGAAAAAGAUAUUAAGCAGAUGGAUUCUGAUUUGAGGAAACAGAGUGGUGCCCCAGAAGAGAAUUUACCACCAAUUCGAAAUGAGGCAUAUAGGAAAAAAAAGAAGAGCAAAGCUAAAGUACCUUCUAAGAAAACCACUGAGGAAAACAAAAAAAACAAGAUAAAAUCUUAUGACUAUGAAGCAUGGGGAAAGCUUGAUGUGGACAAAAUACUUGAAGAACUUGACAAAGAAGAUAGUACCCAUGAUUCCUUAUCUCCAGAAUCGGACUCUGAAGAAGAUGGAAUUCAUAUAGAUGCAGAAAAAGCUCUUGCUGAGAAAGAAAAGGGCAAUAUGUACUUUCAACAAGGAAAGUAUGAUGAAGCAAUAAAAUGUUACACAAAGGGGAUGAAUGCUGAUCCAUACAAUCCAGUCCUCCCCACAAACAGAGCAUCUGCUUUCUUUAGAAUGAAAAAGUUUUCUGUUGCUGAAUCUGACUGCAAUUUAGCACUUGCACUAAAUAAGAAUUAUACAAAGGCUUAUUCCAGGAGAGGAGCUGCUCGCUUUUCUUUGCAAAAUCUUGAGGGGGCCAAAGAAGAUUAUGAAACGGUUUUAGAACUGGAUCCAGAUAACUUUGAAGCAAAAAAUGAACUCCAGAAAAUCCAUCAGGCUCUAACAUCAAAAGAAAAUUCACAACAAAACGAAGCUGAAGAAGUUGGAAAGAAUCUUGAAUUAACAGAAGAAGAAAAGAAGCAAAUAGAAGAGCAGCAGCUCAAGCAGAAGGCUAUUGCAGAGAAAGAUUUGGGAAAUGGAUAUUUCAAAGAGGGAAAAUAUGAAGCAGCAAUUGAAUGUUAUACACGUGGUAUAGCAGCAGAUGGCACCAAUGCACUUCUGCCAGCUAACAGAGCUAUGGCCUAUCUAAAGAUUCAGAAAUAUGAGGAGGCAGAAGCAGACUGCACACAAGCUGUAUUACUAGAUGUUUCCUAUUCUAAAGCUUUUGCCAGAAGAGGGACUGCCAGAGCAGCACUAGGAAAGCUAAAAGAAGCUAUGCAAGAUUUUGAAACAGUUUUGAAGUUGGAACCUGGCAAUAAACAAGCAAUAAAUGAACUAACCAAAAUACAGAAUGAAUUAGUUGAGAAAGGGCUGUGGACUUACCAGGAAUGUCCUGAACCAUCCGCAGAAGAAACAGAAAUACGAAACCUGGUGCAGCCCAUUGAUAAACCCUUACAUCUUAGAUCAACUAAACCUUUGAGAAAAAUAUUCAUUGAAGAAGUAGAUGAUGAGAUGCAGAAUAUUGAUGUGCCUAACACUACUACUCUAGUCAAUAAUUGGAUUAAUUCUACAAGUGUAGAAACAACAAAGAAUCUAAGUCAAGAUGACCUCUUAACCACAUCUGAUAUUCCUAGAGCAAAACAGUUGAAAAUUGAAGAAAUCAGUGAUAUACCAGCCUUCCAACCUCCUACCAGUACGAAAGAUAUGCCAUCAGCUACACCUCAAUCGUCCAGUCUGAGAAAUCAUCUAGAAAAAGAAAAAACAUUACUUCCUGCAUCUACAUCUGAUGUCCCUGCAACCCCUGCAAAUUCAUUCCAGCUUGAAUCUGAUUUCAGAAAAAUGAAAGGCUGCCCAGAUAAGAUGUACAUGUACCUAAAGCAAAUAGAGCCUUCACUUUACCCUAAGCUGUUCCAAAAAUCCUUAGAUCCAGAUGUAUUUAACCAGAUUUUGAAAAUUCUGCAAGACUUUUACAUUGAGAAAGAGAAACCAUCUCUCAUCCUUGAAAUUCUCCAGAGGCUAUCUGAAUUAAAAAGAUUUGAUAUGGCAGUGAUGUUUAUGUCAGACUUGGAGAAAAAAACUGCACAUGUAUUGUUCAGUCACAUGAACCAAUCAGGACUGGAGGAUAAUUCUGUUGAAGAGUUGAAGAAGAAAUAUGGUGUUCAGUAUUAAUGAGAUUCCUGAUGUUACGUAUUUAUAUAUGUAAACUAGUCUGAUUCCGCACCUCUUCUCUGAGCUACUUGUACUGAAGUCAGUGAAAGAGUUACAUCCAUAAAGUUGCAUUUAUGUAGAUAAUGAAAUCCUUAUACCAGACAAAACCAAAUGGCAAGUGCCUAGAAAGGAUAAUGACUUAUGCCCCAAUUCUGCAAUUGUGCCCGUUAUUUGAGAACCUGGGGGCACCAGGAGGACUCUCUCCAGUUUUAAGAGUCCAGUUGAGUAGAUUGAGUUGCAGGCUAACAGCUGUAGCCAGACAAUUAUUCAGAAAUAAAGUUAAUUAUUUAUAAACAUGGGUUUUGGUAAGAAUAAUUUGGUAACUUGAUGAUUAUUAAAAGAUCAGCAUUAAUUUUAUUUUGGGAAAUACUCAUAGACUCAUAGACUUUAAAGUCAGAAGGGACCAUUAUGAUCAUCUGGUCUGACCCCCUGCAUGCUGCAGGCCUCAAGACCCUUCCCUGGACUCUGCCGUUGAAGUCCCCAAUCCUGUGUUUUAGUGACUUCAAUCGGCAGAGACCCUCCUGCUAGUGAUCCCUGCCCCAUGCUGCGGAGGAAGGCGAAAAACCUCCAGAGGCUCAGCCAAUCUACCCUGGAAAAUUCCUUCCCGACCCCAAAUAUGGCGAUCAGUAAUACCCCGAGCAUGUAGGCAAGAGUCUCUAGCCUGACCCUUGUUGGCCAUUAUGCUAUUUACGUACCAUUGCUUGGUUUUCCUUGGCUACUAUGUUUUACCAUUAAACCAUUCCCUCCAUAAACUUAUCUAACUUAAUCUUAAAACCAGACAGGUCCGUCGCCCCCACCGUUUCCCUCGGAAGGCCGUUCCAAUAUUUCGCCCCUCUGACGGUCCGAAACCUUCGUCUAAUUUCAAGCCUGAACUUCCCCACGGCCAGUUUAUAUCCAUUCGUUCUCGUGUCCACAUUAGUACUAAGCUGGAAUAAUUCCUCUCCCUCCCUUGUAUUUAUCCCUCUGAUAUAUUUAAAGAUAGCAAUCAUAUCCCACUUCAGCCUUCGUUUUGUCAGACUAAACAACCCAAGCUCCUCUAAUCUCUUUUCAUACGACAGGUUUUCCAUUCCUCUGAUCAUCCUAGUCGCCCUUCUCUGCACCCGUUCCAGUUUGAGUUCAUCUUUUUUAAACAUUGGAGACCAGAACUGCACACAGUACUCCAAAUGAGGUCUCACCAGCGCCUUAUACAACGGAAGCAGGACCUCCUUAUCCCUACUAGAUAUACCUCGCCUAAUACAUCCCAAGACCGCAUUGGCUUUUUUCACCGCCACGUCACAUUGUCGACUCAUAGUCAUCCUGUGGUCUACAAGGACCCCUAGGUCCUUCUCCUCUUCCGUUACUUCUAACCAGUGCGUCCCCAUCUUGUAACUAAAACUGUUAUUAGUCAUCCCCAAGUGCAUCACCUUACACUUUUCACUAUUAAAUUUCAUCCUAUUUCUGAUACUCCAAUUCACAAGCUCAUUCAAGUCUCCCUGCAGAAUAUCCCUAUCCUCCUCCGAAUUUGCAACUCCUCCCACCUUCGUAUCAUCAGUGUUUAAUUCAAAAUAUCAAAAUUGUCUGGUAUAAUUUAUUUUAACAUAAAAUGUACUACUUAAUGAACUUGCAUUUCUCAGAUAAGCUAAAUUGUUACUUAUCUGUAAAUAGAUUCCACUCAGGACAAUAUGAAAACUUCAUCUGAUGCUCAGCAAACUUGGGGUCUGAUGGCCAGUAAAUUCCUAAUUUCUUUAGCUGAGAUUGCCCUAAAGCUGAGUUCUAGGCACUGACAGCUGAGAUACCCCAGUGAACCUCAACCAUUGCAGUAGUACAAAAGGAAUCUCUCUUAAAUAACUAGGUUCCAGACAAUGUAAGAUUUUUAAAAUAGUCACUAAGACCCUGAAUUGCACCUGUGGCAGAAUGAAAAUGUAUAAAAAUAUGAAUGUAUAUUGCACCACACAGAGAGCACAAUUCUUAACAGUCCUAUUAAUCCAUCUCCUUUACAAGCUGGUAGCUAUGCAGUAUUUCUUUUUAUAUUGAGUUUUAACUAAUUAUUAUUGAGAUUUCUUCUUCUAUCAAAAAAAGGUCUUAUUUGCCACACCCUUUCAAUGGGACUUGUGCUCUUAAGUCACUUAGAUGCUUUCGAAAAUCCCACCCUUUAUCCUAAUGCCUGCACACAAGAGGUCCACAUUCAGGUUGUACAGGCAAACUUAAUUCUGGCGAUUUCUAACUUUUGAGCGCUUGAUUUUUCAACCUCCGUGUUUUAAAUUACUUUUUGUAAAAAUGCAAAACAGCUUACAAACCAAUAAAACCUAAGAACAAGAAGAUGGAUAGAGCUGA